GUCAAAACGAAGCUUUUUCAUGCGUCUGCCGCUUGAUUAAAUGCAAGCAAAACGAAAUUAAACACGGUUUAAUAUUCUUGGAAAUGCUUUCGAUCGCUCGUACUUCGCAAGCUUAUUCCGCGUACGUUUCUAUUCUCUUUGAAAUUUCAUAACAUUAUACUCUAUUGUUCUGUGAAGACACGUGCUAAGGUAAAUAUCGCGCGUAUCCAUGGUAGUUCGGAGGUUCACCAGUGGUUUUCCUCCAAGAACCACGUCGAUUAACAGUAUACAUGGCAGCUGUCUCCCGUAGACGACGUUUCAUAAUUCUAAUCGUCAUUUGUUGUCUGUCACUAUUCAUCUUUGGUUGGUAUUCGAGAACAUCAGACAAUUUGUUAAAACUUUCAGAAAACUCUAGCCCUAGUAAUGAAAUAUUCGCGUCACAAAGAAUUUCUACAGGAGUUAAACGCCCUCAACAUCUACCACCACCAGAAGUGUCACAAAAGGAAAAUGAAUUAAUGGACUUCGUGGAAGAUGAUAAAAUAUCUUUCAGACGGUCCGAUGAAGAACUAGUUUCUGGUCCCACAGAAUAUGAUGAUAUACCUAUUUCCAGAUCAUACAAACGACUGCCAAAUGAUAUGGAAUUAUUUUCUGGCCCAACUGAUUAUGAUGACAUUCCAAUUACAUUUCCGGCAAGAAGGCAUCCUGAUCUCGAGUUGGAAUUCUCCGGCCCUACUGAAUUUGAAAUUCCACUUACUUUACCAGUCAGACGACAUCCUGAUGCUGAACUAGAAUUUUCUGGUCCGACUGAAGAAUACAUGGUAGGUGGUGCAAAGCAUGUUACGCCACCAAUGCAAAAUAAUGAAAUUGAGAGAUCAGAUGUGCAUAAAGAGGAUAGUUACCAGAAAUUAUCGCUCCAAGGUACCACACCAAGUAGUUUACACGUCACACAGCCAGUCAAGGAUUCUAGUCUUGUACUAGAUACUCCAGGUUGUAAAGUACCAAAAUUAGAUCCAUGGGACCCGACAGUGAAACAUUUGAUUGAACUCCAAGAACCAUAUGAAUGUCCUGGACCUCCUUUAUUCAUGAAACCAAGCUCUGAUGGUUCCAUAACAUUAAACGAAACAGUUCUGGAGAAGUAUUAUGAUACGAAGUCGGAUGAAUUGAAAUGCGUUUACCAACCAAUUUAUAGAAAGCACGAAGACCCUGGUAAUGUCAGGGAAAAUGAUUUCAUAACUGGUAAUGCAUCAGAACUUCAUUUUGGCAUUCCUCUCAAUGAAGAUUAUGUUGGUGCAGUGUGUACUCUUAAAGAUAAAACUUUUGAACAGUACUUUCCCCUUGUGCGUCUAAAAAAAGAAAUCGAAGACGUAAGAAGCUCGUUAACGCCUCCAAAACCCCGACUAAAUAUCAUUCUUGCCGGUAUCGAUUCUAUAUCGAAACUGAAUUAUCUCAGGCAUUUUCGAAAAACAGAAGCCUUUAUCAAAGAAAAGCUAUCGAUGUUUGAAAUGAAUGGCUAUACUAAAGUAGGAGAUAAUACUUUUCCAAACUUAGUUCCUAUGUUAACUGGACAUUUUGUUGAGCAUUAUUGGAAUGAAUCAUUAAGAGAUACAAUGUACUUUGAUAAUGUAGAUCUUAUAUGGAAAGACUAUGCUAAAAAAGGAUACAGAACAUUCUACGCCGAAGACAGUCCUUACACUGGCACAUUUAAUUACAUUAAACGUGGAUUUUAUGAUCCACCUACAGAUUACUAUCUCCGUCCAUUACUUCUUGCAUUAGAAAGUUCAAAUAUUAGAGAAAAGACUGGAAAGAACCAUUGUUUCAAUUCUCAGCUGGAACCCGAACUUAUUUAUGAUUAUCUAAGAAACUUCAUUGAAGCCAUGGGAAAUAGACCUUAUAUUGCUUUCGCUAUGGUUUCAACUAUCACUCAUGAUUACUUAAAUCAUGCAGGCUGGGAGGAUCAGCCUACUGUUCACAUUCUGGAAAAUUUGUUGAAUAUGGGUGCUCUUAAUAACAGCCUUCUUGUAUUAUUCAGUGAUCAUGGGUUACGCUUUGGGCAAAUUCGUUAUACUUACAUAGGAAAAUUCGAAGAAAGAAUGCCUUUUAUGUAUAUACAUGCUCCUAAAUGGUUUCUUGACCAGUAUCCACAAUAUGCAAAAAAUCUCGAAAUCAAUCAGAACCGUCUAAUGACACUCUUUGACAUUCAUGCCACAAUGAUACAUCUAUUGGAUCUGAACAGAUCAGCGGAAGAAAGAGCAGAACUUACUAUGGGUAAAAGUCUUUUGGAAGAAAUAUCGCCGAACCGAACUUGCGAGGAAGCCAACAUACUUCCCCAUUGGUGUCCUUGCCAAACAUUUGAGAACGUUCCUUUGAAUAGCACUGAAGCAGUAAAUGCAUCUCAAGCGAUUGUGGAUGACAUUAAUUCUAAACUGGCAGAAUAUGGUGGUAUCUGCGAGAUCCUAGAAGUGGCUGAAAUCAUGGAUGCAAGAGUUGGACAAGCAAACGAUUUGGUGUUACGGUUUAUAAGACAUGACAAUGUUGUGGUUAACAGAACUGUUGUGCUGGGGGAUAGAAUAAAGCCUAUCGGGGAUUACAUGAUAACACUUGUUACCAAACCUGGUAAUGCUGUUUUCGAAGGAACAGUUCGGCAUGAUCCGGAAAAUAAUUCAUAUGCCGUUCUAGGAAUAAGUAGAAUAAGUUUGUAUGGAAAGACUUCUUGGUGUAUAGAUAGUCAAAAAAUGAAAAUUUUCUGCUAUUGUAAAGUUCAACAAGCCUCUUAAUGUUACACAUGAGAAAUUCUUAAUAGAAAAAUGAGCUUUAAAGAGGAAAAAUUAUGCCAAUCUCUAACAAUUCUGAACGGAACACAUAUUUAACCUUGCCAAUUUUUAUUAGGAGUUUUAAAGCUAGAGGUCUCCAGCAUAUUGAACACGGUUUUAGAAUGAAAAAAAAUUCAACAAAUUCUGGCUUCUCCCUUUACUGAAAUCUUUAUUUAUUCGUAGAAUUUUGGCGGUGAACAAAAUAUGUUUUUCCGAUUUUGUUCUUCUCAUAAGCGUGGAAAAGUAAACUGAAAGUAAAAAAUAGUAAGGCACAACAUCUGAUUUUUUAUCAGCACUGAGUACUCAAAAUAACAUUUGAUGUGCGUCAAAUAUGACUAAUACGGCAUCGCUAAAUGUGAUAUAAAAAUUGUGUUCAUCUAUUAAGUAAGAGAUUGAUUUGUUAUUAUUUUUCUUUGAAAGGGAAAAUAUAUCACAAACUCUAAUCCAUAUUUUUUUUUCAAUAAUCUUAUUCUGAUGAGUACCAUCGUAUCUAUUGCAAGUUCCUUAGACUGCUGAAUUUUAAAACGUCAUAUGAUAAAUUGACUGCAUAAACUGAUACUAAGACUGUAAAUAACACAAUGUUGAAUGUUUUUUCGUUGAAUAUAAAAUUUAAGUUAUUAUCCAUGCAACAAUGUAUUACAAUGUAUGCUGUUAUUGUUGUCAUACAAAUUAAUUUUGUAACAUGUAUUUGCACAUUUUUCAUAUAAUUCAGCAAUUUUUCAGUCAUUUUCAUAAGCAUAACUGAUGUUUUUACCACAUCAUUAUUUAAACAUAUCAUUUGUUGAUUUUGAUGAAAUAAAAAGAUUUAUUGUUAUUAGUAUGUCUGUAUAUUACAAAUACCAUGGCAUUUCCAUCAAAGAUUUUUUGUCUGUUUAAUAUCGUCUUUUUUCAUCACAAUAUAAUAUGAUAUGCAGUUAGAUAUUAUGUGUCAAAGUUUAUAGCGAGGGUUUGA